AUGAGAUGGAUGGUGAGUGGGGUGGUGGUGGUGAAACUGAUGAUGAUUGAACAUGGAUACCUGCAAAUACAACCACCUAAAAUAAACAUUGUAAACUUUAUUCCAAAGUUUCCUCUUUUCCUCUUUCUUUUUCAAAAACAGUGUGUGUUUCCUAGUGUAUUUGUGUUUAUGUAUAUGAUGUUUUCAACUUUCAUGGCCCCACCACAUCAAGAAAUCCAAUACCCAGCUACUAAGUUGUUCUUGUUGAUAUCAUCAAAGGGCUUUGAUUUCAGGCUGUUAAUUUUCUGA